CUUCUCCUCCAUCUCUGUGUAUAAACCCCAUCCCCUGCUCUUCUCUGGCUCCCAGAAAAGUGCCCGACCUUGACGUGCCUGUUUUUACCUCACAACAACAUGCUGAUGGUUUCCUCUCCUCUCGUUACCAAUCCAGUAAUGAACCCCACUCCCGCCAAACGAGCUCGACGCACAGCAUCGCCUUCCUCGCCUUCAUCCCAAUCGCAGACGUCUCAGAGAGAUCAUGGACCAGGAGGUCGGAACGAGUCGUUGGUCUCACCUACAAAACCGAUCCUACCUCCACCUCUCCCAUCCGCCGGACAUCACGGUCCAUCCUUUCCCUUACCGUCCAUGCCUUCGGGAAGACCUCAAAGUUGGGCACCAGGAUGGACUUCGAGCGGUUCCACACGAAGUGGACCAAUCUACGAGCCGGAGAGAGACCGAGAGCGAGAGCGGGAGCGAGAGCGAGGUGACGACCGCGGACUGGCGUCUGCGGGUGCAGGAUCCUCAAGGGUCCGUUCGAGGCAGUCCUUUGAGGCGGGAAGUCCGUCUUCCCCAACAUCUACUCAAAUGGAAAGCAUCGACGAGAACCGGACAACGGCACAGAUGGUCUUGACACGAGAUACGACAGCUCGCGCACCAAGAAGCAUCAUGGCUUGUGUCCGAUGUAGAAAACAAAAGAUGAAAUGCGACGGACCAGGCCGUAUACCGUGUAAUGGCUGUCGUGCCGCUGGCCUUCCAUGUGUCUUUGAGCCCCGGACAAGACCGAAAUCAAUAUCAACCAUUCCAUCUCCUCAUCAUCCACCCUUCUUCGCGACCAGACCCGCGACUCCCACUUCAGUCGGGGUGGCAGGCUUUUACCCUCCAGGAGCUCAGCCUGCCCCACCCGCGAUAUCUCGUGGUCCACCCGGCAGUGGAGAGUAUACUCGUUCGGCGAUAAGAGAUAUUCGCGAUCCACGAGAGCCAAUGCCUCCACCACCUGCGGCAUCUAUCAACGUUCUCACCAGUCCGUAUCCUCCAGCUCCAAGACCAUCGACCCCAGGAUCCGCCGCGGCAGCAAACGUCGCAUCAUAUCGUCCGGCCCCAGCCACCGGGCUCGCUCCACCCUACCAUAUCGCCGUGGGUCCACCGCUCACCCAGGCACCUGUUAGACCUCCCUCACCGCAUAUUGACAGUCGACUUCGAAGUGUUGAGACUGCCCUCCAUAAUUUUGGCAAUGUACCGAAUAGUCUGACGCAAAUCAAUCAAUCAUUAGCAGCUUUGCAUCGAUCUGUGGACAUGUUGGCUUCGUCAUCAUCGAACUCUUCAUCUGCUCCUCGAGCUGCCUUGGAAAUAUCUGAUGGUAUCUGGGAAGAUUAUCGGUCUAGAGCAUGGCCGCUCACACCCUGGCUGAUCGGACUGCGUGAUCGUCAUGGUUUACAGGGUCUAGUGGUCGAUUUCCUCGGCAAGCGUGUGUCCUUGGAUCGCAGUGACAGUGCAAGGAAAGCCGCAGAGGAAGCGCAGCGAGCUGUUCGCAGCGAGAUCGGCAAACUCACCAGUCAAAAUGUCGUUUGGACAAAGAACGAGAUUCGCGCAUUGGGCUUUUUCGGGACCUGGACUAAUGACUGUGCCCUUAUCUCGCUGGCGAUGGCACAGGCUCGUCUUCUAGGCUUGGACAGAAUCUGGGAUAGGCGAAGAUCCCAUGAUGAUUGGCGCGAAUGGGUCUAUCUGGCUAUAAUGGAUCAUUUAAGCCAGCUGGUCGAUUUCGAACCUCCGUUCACACACGACGUGCUUAAUGCCAGCUGGAGAGAUCGCUUGGGGCCUUCGGUUCCGGGCACGUCCGAGUCCGCCGCUAGGGAUCGUGACAGGGAUCUCAAGCUCUUGGCUUGGUUAGAGUACUGCGAGACCCUGGCAGAGGUGCAUCGAGCACAGACAGAUCUUCUUCGUUCGCCUGAAAAUCACGACGAUACGCUCGGGAGCGAUCGUCAGAUUGUCGAGCGGUCCAUUGAGAUCUGGCGGAAGUAUUCGCCUCGUUGGGAGGCUUGGGCCGGUGUAUGGGCCGUCCGGAACGAUCCGAUCUUGAGCCUGUAUCUGAACUAUGCCAUCUUGUAUACCACGUCGCCGGGAUGUCUAGCACACGAAAGUAUCUGGACGGAAUUAGCGAGAGAUCCCGAGGGAUACACUCUGUUGGAAAGAGCUCGUGACGCUGGUUUUGCGGUCAUCCAAUCCGUUUGCUCACCUGAGAUUGGGAGGACGUUGUCCUAUUCUUUCCCCCUGUUUAGACCCAUUCUCGCCCUCGCUUUCCAUCUUGUCCUCACUCUCACAACCCUGCCAUCCAAUAUUCCGCCUCUGGUCUCCGUCCCUCAUAUCCAAUCUGUCAUCCGCUCGACCCACGAUACCCUUGACAAUGCUCGUCCACCGGAGAUGUUGCCUGGUUCUGGUCUCCUGGGUGAGAUGGCAGAGCGUGGCAAUAUAUCUCUCGCAAUGGGUAUGGGCACAUGGGAUAUGAGCAGAGAGACUUGGAAACGAUUGAUCGGUUAGGUCCAUCAGUCGGAUCAUUGGGAAGUUGAUCUUUGUUCGAGCCAUCACGCCGGUCGUGCACAGGCUCAAUCCCCGUAUCAAGCUCACGUGCUGUGAGCUCUACGGGGCUUCGGUUCUCUAUAGAUGCUUGGUAAUCAUUUUCUAAAACAUGGGAACAAAUCUUCAAUUGUAUCACUAGAAUUGGGACACUAGGGAAUGCAUUGAUUCACGAACG